AUGCAAGCUGCAGGCCCUGGCGUUCCUGCCGCCGCACUGCGGUUCAUGCGAUACGUGGAAUCGAGCCCUACUCCAUUCCAUGCUACUGCUACUAGUGUGUCGAUGCUCGACAAGGCGGGUUUUGUCAAGCUCCAGGAAUCGUCUUCGUGGGACGAUAAACUUCAGCUGGGCGGCAAGUACUACUACCAACGCAACCAAUCUUCGGUAGUCGCAUUUGCGAUCGGCAAAAAGUACCGCUCCGGGAAUGGUGUGCACAUGGUCGGCGCACACACCGACUCACCUAAUCUGCGCAUUCGCCCUGUAUCGAAACGCACCAAAGAAGGCUACCUGCAGUGCUCGGUCGAGACCUACGGCGGUGGACUUUGGACUACAUGGUUUGAUCGCGACCUGAGCAUUGCAGGCCGUGUGAUUGUUGCCCAGGAUGCAGCGCAGAGCAGUUUUGUGUCGCGCCUUGUGCACAUCAAAAGGCCCCUUCUGCGUGUGCCGACACUUGCAAUCCAUCUGAACCGCAGCGCGAACGAAGCGUUCAAGUUCAACCAGGAAGACCAUCUGCAGCCGAUACUGGGCCUUGCUGACACGCUGAACAGUGCAGAGCAGGCGCCCGUGUCGGCCAAGCACCACCCCGUCUUGCUCACGCUUCUGGCCGAGGAGCUCGGCUGUGCUGCCGACCAGAUUCAUGACUUUGAGCUCAGCUUGUACGACACGGUGCCACCGGCAGCAGGGGGCAUACACAACGAAUUUAUCUUCACGCCCCGCGUGGACAACCAACUGUCGUGCUUUUGUGCGACAGAGGCACUCGUGGACAGCGUCGCGGACGAAGCGUCGAUGAACGAGUCGGGCGCCAUUCGCGCAAUUGCGCUUUUUGAUAACGAGGAAGUAGGUUCCGUGUCCAAUCAGGGCGCCGAGAGCAAUCUGAUCUGGAGCAUGGUGAACCGACUCGCUGUGCUGCCCGUCCAAGGCACUCUUUCACCGCACGCAAGCCCACAGUCGCUUAUCGAGCAGACGUUGGCACGCUCUUUUCUCAUCUCGUCCGAUACGGCACAUGCCGUGCACCCUAACUAUGCAUCCAUUCACGAGGACCACUUGCGUCCAAAAAUCAAUGCCGGCCCCGUCAUCAAGACGAAUGCCAAGCAGCGGUACGCAUCCACGGCCGUCACGACAUUUCUGCUGCGUCGCGUCGCGCAGAAAGCCAAUGUGCCUGUGCAAGAGUUUGAGGUACGCAACGACUGUGCAUGCGGCAGCACCAUCGGCCCGAUGCUUUCAAAAAUAAUGCGCACGGUGGAUCUAGGAAACCCGCAGCUGAGUAUGCACUCGAUCCGCGAAAUGUGCGGCACGCAGGACGUGGAGAGUAAAAUCCGCUUAUUUACCGCGUUCUUUACCUCGUUUGAUGCGAUCGACGCGAUGCUUACAGUAGACUAG